AUGCCCACCGAAUUCAUCAGCGUAACUUUCCCCAACGCCUCAACGGAGAUCAACCCGAUCCCUGGCGCUGGCAUUGAUCCGGAGUUCUUGGUUCGUUAUGCCAGGUCGCUGGAUGACUACAACUUCAACUACACUCUUGUUCCCUAUGGCUCCGAUUCAUUCGACCCUUUCACGAUCGGUGCGACAAUCGCUGCCGUAACCAAGAACGUCAGCGUAAUCAUUGCCUUGAGGCCAAACACCCUGUACCCUACCGUUGCUGCCAAAGCCCUGGCAACACUGGACCAACUCAGCAAGGGCCGUGUUGUCGUUCACUUCAUCGCUGGUGGAAGUGACGCUGAGCAAGCCAAGGAGGGCGAUUUCCUCUCCAAGGACGAGCGCUAUGGUCGUUUGGAAGACUACAUCAAGAUCCUGCGCCGAGCGUGGGAGUCGGACACCCCCUUCGACUGGGAGAGCAAGUACUAUACCUUCAAGAACUUCUCCAACAAGGUUCGUCCUACUAAGGGCACUAUUCCCGUCUCCGUUGGAGGCUCCUCGGAUGAGGCGUACCGUAUCGGUGGCUCCCUCGCAGACAUCUUCGGCUUGUGGGGUGAGCCCUUGAAGGAGACGAAGCAACAGAUCGACCGUAUCUACGGCGAGGCCGAGAAGGCUGGGCGUAAGGACCGACCUCGCAUUUGGGUUACCUUCCGUCCCAUCGUCGCCGAGACUGACGACCUCGCCUGGGCCAAGGCGCACCGUACCCUGGAUGCUCUCAAGGGCAACAUUGCUGCUGGCCAAGGCAAGAACGGCCAGGACGCCAGCGCGGGACAACCUCAGAAUGUUGGUUCUCAGCGUCUUCUGGAUAUUGCUAAGCGCGGCGAGGUGCAAGACCGCGCCCUGUGGUAUCCUACUGUCACUGCCACCAAUGCACGCGGAGCGUCAACAGCCCUUGUUGGAUCUUACCAGACUGCUGUGGACUCUAUUCUCGACUAUGUUGACCUCGGUGCUGAUUUGAUCUCCAUCCGCGGAUACGACAACUUCAACGAUUCCGUUGACUACGGUCGCUAUAUCCUGCCCGGUGUACGCGGAGAGUUGAAGAAGCGGGAGAAUGGCUCAAAUGGAACCCAAUAA